UUUUUGCCAUAAAUACACCCUCAAAUCCCUCCUAGACAGCCUUAUUCACACAUAGAAGCACUAGACAGAAUGGCUCCAACCAUCCCCCGCUUCGCCACCCGCGCAGUCCACGCUGGCACCGCCCCAGACUCCUCCACCGGCGCCGUGAUCUCGCCGAUCUCGCUGUCGACCACGUUCGCGCAAUCCUCCCCCGCCGUCCCCGUCGGCGCGUUCGAGUACUCGCGCUCGUCGAACCCGAACCGGGCCGAGUUUGAAGCCGCGGUCGCCGCGCUCGAAGGCGCGCAGCACGGCCUCGCGUUCGCGUCCGGCAGCGCAGCGACCGCGACCGUCCUCCACGCGUUCGCGCCCGGAUCGCAUGUGAUUUCGGGCGCGGACGUCUACGGCGGCACGCACAGGUACUUCACCAAGGUCGCGCAGUCGCACGGGCUAGCGACUUCGUUUACGGACGACGUCGUGCGCGAUCUGCCGUCGCUUGUGCGUCCGGGGAUCACGAAGCUGGUCUGGCUCGAGACGCCGUCGAAUCCUACGCUUUCGGUGACGAGUAUCCGAGCCGUGGCCGAGCUGGCGAGAGAACAUGGCCUUGUGCUGGUUAUCGACAAUACCUUCCUCUCGCCGUACCUACAGACGCCUCUCGCGCACGGCGCAGACAUCGUCGUGCACUCGGUGACAAAGUACAUUAACGGCCAUUCCGACGUCGUGAUGGGCAUCGCGCUCAUGAACGACGACGCGCUCUUCCACCGCAUCCAGUUCCUACAGAACGCGAUCGGCGCGGUCCCCUCUGCAUUCGACUCCUGGCUCGCGCACCGCGGCCUCAAGACGCUGCAUCUGCGCUCGCGCGCAAGCUCGCUCAACGCACAGAAAGUGGCAGAGUUUUUGCAGAGCGGGAUCAAGACCGGCACGGUCCUGCACGUCAACUACCCCGGCCUCGACACGCACCCGAACCGCGCCGUCGUGCUCGAGCAGCACCGUGACGGGCUCGGCGGAGGUAUGAUUUCGUUCCGCGUGGCGGGCGGGCAGAAAGCUGCCGAAAAGUUCUGCCAGUCGACAAAGAUCUUUGCGUUGGCGGAGUCGCUUGGCGGAGUAGAGAGUCUUGUUGAGGUUCCGGCGCUGAUGACGCACGCGGGUAUCGAUCCGGCGGAGAGGGCAAAGACUGGCGUGUUUGACGACCUUAUUAGACUCAGUAUUGGAAUCGAAGACGGCGAGGAUUUGGUUGAGGAUGUAGCGCAGGCACUGCAGCAGGCUGUUGGGGCGGCAAAGGGUAAUGGAUAUCACUGAGCGCUUGCUCUUCUGGCUUGGAUAUAAGGAGUAGUGGUGUUUAUCUGCGUAUAUAGCUGUUAGUAUUCGUAUAUAGCUGUUAUUGUUUGUAAUCAUUAUAAUAUAAACUGUUUUGUACAUCU